UCCGGGAAGAGCGAGCUGCAGAGGUGCUUCGGUCGGCUGCCGGCUGCUGGCUGGCCCCGGAGCAGUGGGUACGUGAUGCUGAGCCCCCUGACGCUGGGCUCCGAGCGGGCUGUUUGCAGCUCCCGUGCUGGCUCUGCGGGAUGCUCGUGCUAAUUGCACAGCCCUGCUCCUCGCCCCUGCUGGGAGCUGAUCAGCCGCUGCUAACGGAGUCUGCUCCCAGGCGGCCGCUUCACCUUCAAGCCCGUGAGCCGUGUUUAGGCGGCGAAGGAGGUGGGCAAAUUUCCAGAGCCCUGCAGGACAUCCUGAGCUCCCAGCAGCGUCAGCAGGAGCGGGACCAGCCCGGGCCCUGGACCCGAAGAUGAUGGAGGCGCACUGCUUCUCCUCUGAUGGCUCCUUGAUCCCUCGGGAGCUGAGGGCCGCCCGCCGCCACCCGCCGUGCUUCAGGUCGAGGGCUUCGUGGCUGCCGCAGCAUGGUACAGACCUGCUUGGUGUGCUCCGGAGUUCAUAAGGGCAGCCUGAGCCCGCGGGCAGCCAGGGGGGACAUGGAGAGGACGGAGAAGCCCAGCCCCUCCGCGAAGAAGCACGUGCGGCUCCAGGAGAGGAGGGGCUCCAACGUGUCGCUGAUGCUGGACAUGAGCUCGCUGGGCAGCGUGGAGCCCAUCCAGCCCGUCUGCACGCCGCGGGACAUCACGCUGCAGUUCCUGCGGACGUCCAGCCGCGUGCUGAGCAAGGAGGAGCUGCAGCAGCGCGCCCAGAGCCUGGCCCAGCUCCAGGAGGAGUUUUCGAAAAUCCCACCCAACUUCGUCAGUCCGGAGGAGCUGGAGAUCCCUGGACAUGCCUCCAAGGACAGAUACAAAACCAUCCUCCCCAAUCCCGAGAGCCGGGUGUGCCUCAGGAGGGCAGGGAACCAGGAGGAAGACAGCUACAUAAAUGCCAACUACAUCACGGGCUACGCGGGGCGCCCCCGGGAGUACAUUGCCACCCAGGGGCCCAUGCCGAACACCGUGACCGACUUCUGGGAGAUGGUGUGGCAGGAGGAAGCGCCCCUCAUCGUCAUGAUAACCAAGCUCGAGGAGCGCAAAGAGAAAUGCGUCCACUACUGGCCUGAGAAGGAGGGCACCUACGGCCCCUUCACCAUCCGUGUGCAGGGGGUGAGCGAGUGCGUGGAGUACCUGGUCCGGGACCUCUCCAUCCAGCUGCGAGGUGAACGCCGCCAGGUCAAACACAUCCUCUUCCCUUCCUGGCCGGACCAGCAGACGCCCGAGUCAGCCAAGCCCCUGCUGCACUUGGUGUCCAAGGUGGAGGAGACGCUGCAGGCUGCGGCCAGCCCGGGGCCCAUCGUUGUGCACUGCAGCGCAGGCAUCGGCCGGACGGGCUGCUUCAUCGCCACCAGGAUCGGGUGCCAGCAGCUGAAGGACACGGGAGAGGUGGACGUCCUGGGCAUCGUGUGCCACCUCCGCAUUGACAGGGGCGGGAUGAUCCAGACGAGCGAGCAGUACCAGUUCCUCCAUCACACGCUAGCUCUGUACGCUUCCCAGCUGCCGGAGGAGGGAGGCCACUAGCACCGGGCUCCACCGCUGCCCGGCCUCGCUCCGACCUCCCCGGCACCAGCCUCGGGGCUGCCUCCACUGAGCCCGCUCCUCCUCUGCCCGGCCACGCAGUGGGGAAGCCUCCCUGGAGAAGCACGGCUGAGAAAAUCCAUCAGGAUCACGGCAUCGUGACCCCAGGGACAAGAAAAACUUUGGGGGGGGGGGGGGGGGGGGUGGCCCAGGGGAUGCAGGGGGUGCUCAGGGUGCCUGCUGCUGGCACAAGGCGGAUUCCCACCCGUGGAAAGAAGCUUUGCCUUUUUGUUUUCUCCUCAACCAGAAGAGCAAGCCGUGCGGAGGAUCUGAAGGCUACAGUUUGCCCUGGAGCCUCCCAGAAAGCUGCGUCCUGCUCUGCUUCCAGCCGGCACCGCUACACGGUGGGAACCGGAGCCUCU